UUUAUUAACUCAGUAGAGAGUUUCCAGAAGAGAAUGGAAGAAGUGAAUCAAACCACAGUGACUGAAUUCAGCCUUGAUGGGUUAACAAAGAAUCCAGAACUCCAAUUACCUCUAUUCCUCAUCUUUCUAGGAGUCUAUUUGGUUACAGUUGUGGGAAAUCUAGGCAUGAUCAUCUUGAUUAAGUUUAGUUCUCAGCUUCACACACCCAUGUAUUAUUUACUCAGCAGUCUGUCCUUUAUUGACUGCUGUCAGUCCACUGUCAUUACUCCCAAAAUGCUGGUGAACUUUGUGACAGAGAAGGAUGUCAUCUCCUACCCAGAAUGCAUGGCUCAGUUCUACUUUUUUGGUGCUUUUGCUACUGCAGAAUGUCACAUGUUGGCUGUAAUGGCAUAUGACCGCUAUGUGGCUAUCUCUAACCCUUUGCUUUACAGUGUAACCAUGUCCUAUCAAGUCUGUUUGUGGAUGGUUGCUGGGGUAUAUGCUAUUGGAUUUCUUAGUGCCAUGGUUCCUGCUUUCUUCAUGAUGAGAUUGCUUUUCUGUAAGGCUAAUAUAAUAAAGCAUUACUUCUGUGAUCUUUUCCCAUUACUGGAACUCUCUUGUUCUAGUACUUUUAUCAAUGAAGUACUAAUACUGUCCCUUGGUUCAUUUGAUAUUCUUAUACCAGCUAUGACCAUUCUUAGCUCUUACAUAUUCAUCAUUGUCAGCAUCCUCCAUAUUCAAUCCACUGUGGGAAGAUUUAAGGCCUUUAGCACCUGCGGCUCCCACAUCUUGGCUGUUGCUCUCUUUUUUGGUUCUACAGCGUUCAUGUAUCUUCAGCCAUCAUCAGUCAGUUCCCUGGGACAAAGUAAAUUGUCAUCUGUGUUUUAUACCAUUAUUGUGCCCAUGUUGAAUCCCAUGAUCUACAGCCUGAGAAAUAAAGAUGUCAAAAUUGCCCUUAAAAAAUUAAUUCAAAAGGUCAGUUUCUAUUCAACCAAGAAUGAUUUUCAUUAG